AUGGGUGGUUAUUUUGAGGUUGUCGAUGAGAUUAAAACUGCUGGUGGACAAGCAGUGGCUAACUACGACAGUGUAGAAUUUGGCGAGAAGAUUGUAAAAACCGCCAUUGAUGCUUUUUGCCGAGUCGAUAUUGUAAUCAAUAAUGCUGGGAUUCUCCGUGAUGUUUCGCUUGUGAAAAUGACGGAUCUCGACUGGGACUUAAUCUUCAGAGUACACGUGAAAGGAGCUUAUUCCGUAAAGAAGACAGCCUGGCCUUAUAUGAGGAAACAGAACUACGGGCGAAUUAUUGUGACGUCAUCAAUUGCGGACAUCUAUGGGGACUUCGGUCAAACUAAUUACGCAGCUGCGAAGUCUGCCCUUGUUGGAUUUUCCAACUCACUAGCUCAAGAAGGAGCAAAAUACAAUAUACUUGCAAAAACAGCAAUCCCAGCAGCCGGAUCUCGCCUAACUCAAACCACACUUCUAGAGGCAAGACGUUAUGAUAGCCGCACCACUAUAUUCUCUCCAGAAGGCCGUCUGUAUCAGGUCGAGUACGCUAUGGAGGCAAUCAGUCAUGCUGGAACUUGCUUGGGUAUACUUUCUACGGAUGGUAUCCUAAUCGCUGCGGAGAAAAGAAAUGUGCAUAAAUUGCUUGAUGACACUGUUCUCGCUGAGAAGAUUUAUCGGCUUUCGGAGAACAUCACCUGCACCGUUGCUGGAAUUACUGCGGACGCCAAUAUUCUAAUUAAUCACCUGAGAUGGUGGGCGGCGCAGUACAAGCUGUCAUAUGGGGAAGAAAUGCCCGUUGAACAGUUGGUACAGAAUCUUUGCAACGAGAAGCAGCGCUACACUCAAAUAGGUGGAAAACGACCAUUCGGAGUAUCACUUCUCUACAUGGGAUGGGAUAAGCAUUAUGGGUACCAGUUGUAUCAGUCAGAUCCAUCGGGGAACUAUACGGGAUGGAAAGCUACCUGUAUUGGGAACAAUCAUCAGGCAGCCAUGUCUUUGCUAAAGCAAGAGUACAAGAGCCCUACUCUUGCGGAGGCAAAGAAACUUGCUGUGAAAGUCUUAUGGAAAACUCUCGAUGUGAAGCUGACCAACGAAAAAGUAGAAAUGGCGGUUCUGACACGCCGUGAUGGCAAGACUGUUGUUGAGGAAUUAACAGCUAGUGAGGUUGAAAAGCUUAUCAAAGAACAUGAGGAGAAGGAGAAGGAAGCGGAGUCAAAGUGA